AUGGCGCCGACGGUGGGUUUGUUCGCUGCUGCCAUCGUUGCUGGACAAGUGCUCGGUGCACUCGGAGCGUCCUCGAGCACACGCAACUCGACGAUAGACUGGUUUUCUUGUGGCCAGUUCGACCCUCAGCUCAGCGCUGGCGACGCCCAGAACAUUACAUGUGGCUACUAUGAAGUACCCCUUGACUACGCCGACGACUCCGUGGGCACUGCGAAGUUGGCCGUGGUCAAAUACCCUGCAACGGGGGAACGUUUCGGUACCCUCUUCGUCAAUCCUGGUGGCCCGGGAGGCUCCGGCGUCGCGUACGUAUUUGCAUAUGGGGCGAACCUCAGUGCCAUCACGGGUGGCAACUACGAUAUCGUCUCUUGGGAUCCGCGAGGGUCCGACGGAUUUACGGAGCCUGGCCCGCCUGCUUGCUUCGACAGCGCCGCCGACUACUACGCGUACUACAACGGCACCCUCCAGGUGACUGGGAUCGAGAUCAAGGGCAAUCUCAGCGACGAUGGCCAAGUCGCUGACUUUUACUCGCACGUCGACGAAAUGGAGGCCAAGCUCAUAGGCGAAGGGCAGCUUUGCGCCGCCAACAAGAACGGAGACAAACUUCAAUACAUUGGAACGGCGGCCACAGCUCGUGACAUCGUAUCUCUCGCGGACUACUUCGAGCCCGGCGUGCAAGAGAUCAAUUACUGGGGCAUCUCGUACGGGACGAUGCUGGGAAUCACCUUCGUCAACAGUAAGGUUCUCAAGUCCCCGUUCUGUUUCCCGAACGCGUUGGACGUGUCGUCCUGGAUGGCUGCAUGGACCCUGUUCUGUACAUGGUAUUACCCCAACGGCCUGGCAUCGAGCGAGGCGACCUUCGCUGGUUUCGCCGCCGGCUGUGCCAUGGCCGGAAAGGCAGGUUGCCCGCUUGUGCAGAGCGACAACGACACGGCGGCGGAUGUCGAGAAGCACUUCCAUGACCUGCUUGACCUCGCUCAUAACCUGACCGUCUCUGGCGCCGACAUGAGCGCGGUGCCUACGUCCGCCGAAGCUCGCGCCGACCUCUACAGCAUCAUGUGGUUCACCCAACUAUGGCACUCGGCUGCCAGCCUCAUUAACGACUGGGGUACCGCGCUCGAGGCGCUCGCUGCCAACCAGAGCGUCCCAGCCGAGAUUGCCGCAGAGCUCUCGGUAUUCAAGACAAACUUCAGCGCGGUACCCUCGUAUGCGGAGCAGGCGAUCUACUGCAGCGACGUCGUCGAUGCGGGCAACAUGACGAUGCGCGGCGGCUUUGAUACCAUCGUGUCGACGUCGGAGAACGUGUCGCCUUUGUUCGGGCCGCGGUGGGGUGAUGCUGGCAAUGCGUGCUUUGCCUGGCCAGCGCGUGCGGUCGAGCGCUAUACGGGUCCUUGGGAUAAGAAACUCAAGAACAAGAUUCUCAUCAUUGGGAACACGGCCGACCCGAUCACUCCUUUCGAGAACGCGCAGCUCAUGACCCAGUUGCUCGGCGACAGCGCUGUUCUUGUGAAGCAGGAUGGGUUCGGACAUACGUCGCUGGGGGAGAUGUCGCUCUGCACGUACGGACUCAUCAACACGUACCUCACGAAUGGCUCCCUACCAGAAAACAAUGACACAGUAUGCGAAAUCGACGCCAGCGUCGUCCUUUUCCCCAACUCGACCGUGACGCAGGCCGACAUAGCAACGUUACAGAGCAUGAUCGCUGCUGUGGAUGUCUAG